UUGCAUUGCAGGGGUGGGACUCCUGCAUUCAGAUCUUCAUCAUGCGCAGAGGAAAACCCAGACUCACUUUCUGAUCGGAUCUAAACGCGCGUCAGAAGCGAUCGGGUCCUGCACGUGCCUCUGAUGCUGUAAUGCGCGUUAAUUGAUGGAUGAAAGUGUGCGCGAGCAGGAGCGGGUGAAACAGACACUGCUCAAGGUGGCACUAUGUCUGUGCAGGGUCAGGAUAUUUCUGAAUAUCAUCUGAGCGUGGUGCUGAACCCGCCUGGCUGGGAGGUGUGUUUGUUUGUGUUUGGGUUCCUGGUUCUGUUCACUGUGGUUAUAGUGAAUCUGUGGAAAUUAUAUAAAUCCGGCUCCUUCCCGACUCCAUCUCCGUACCCAAACUUCCACUACCGCUACCUGCAGGAGAAAUAUGGCUCCUCCCACUCUGAGGUCAGACAGAAGCGCGUUGCAGCUUCCAACCAGCGGAGGGCGUCCUCUGCGAGCCGGAAGCCGAGUCUCCAGCUGUUGGACACUCCAGAUGGUCUUCGGGAUCUGGGAACGCUGGAGUUGAUGAGUCGAGAGCUGGAUCCGAGCGGAGGCACCCUGAACCGCUCAGCAUCCUCUGAAUCGCUGUGCUCCAUCUCUUCUAUCGCUCAAACCUUCGGGCACGAGUUCACAGUGGGACAGCUGGAGGUCACGCUGGAGGUGGACACCCGGGCUUCACUUCUGCUCGUCUCACUGCACCAGGGUAAAGACCUGCUGGAGAAGGAGGAGGAGAACUUCCUGGGCUGCUACAUCACCGUCACGCUGGUCCCUCAGCAGAUCAGCCUGGGGGCCACGCAGGUCCAGAGAAAUGCCUUCACCGUGAUGUUUGACGAGCGCUUCUCUAUUCCACUGGAUUCAGUAAAUCUGGAGGAGAACAGUCUGCGGUUCUCCACCUUUGGUGUGGAUUCAGAUGAACGGAGCAUCAGUGCUGGAGUGGCAGAACUCAAACUGUCAGAUCUGGACCUGGCGCUCCGGCCGUUUAACGCCUGGCUCUACCUGCAGGACAUCAACAAGGCUGUGGACGCUGUCGGCGAGAUCCUGUUGUCUCUCAGUUAUUUGCCGACUGCAGAACGUCUCACCAUAGUCAUCGCCAAAGCCAAGAACCUGGUCUGGACGAACGGAAAGACCACAGCAGAUCCGUUUGUGAAGGUGUACCUGCUCCAGGACGCCAGGAAGAUCAGUAAAAAGAAGACAUCCAUAAAAAGAGAUGAUAAUAAUCCAAUCUUCAAUGAGGCUAUGAUCUUCUCAGUGCCAGCCAUCGUCCUGCAGGAUCUCUCUCUGAGAGUGACGGUCGCUGAGAGCACAGAGGAUGGCCGUGGUGAAAACGUAGGUCAUGUGAUCAUCGGACCAGAGGCCAGUGGAAUGGGAAUAACUCACUGGAACCAGAUGCUUGCGACCCUGCGGAAACCGGUUUCAAUGUGGCACCCGCUCAGGAGGACCUAAGUCCUUGAGUCCUGACCCCUGUCCUCUGAAUCCUGUCUGCAUGGUGCCUACUGUCUGACUGUCCUAACAGUAAAGACAUUGAAUAUGAAGAGAAAGUCUUUGUGUCUCAGCUGCCCCGAGGAUGGAUGGAACUGUAAUGAGAGAAAGAGAAAUCAGCGGCUCAGGAUGUCUCAUCUGUAAGGGUCUUUGAAAUCCAGGUUUUCUUAUCCAGGUUAACUUCAUUUCUACAUAUGAUAACAGGGUGGCUGAUUGUGUGCUGCAGCCUUUGGGUGGAUUGUAAAAUGUGACAGAAAUUGUAGCCACAUUCUGUUGUACUAAGCAUAAAAGAGGAAAAAGAAUUAUUUGUUUGGCCAUAAAUAUUUAUUUUUGUUAUUAUUAUUAUUAUUGGGAUUUUUAAUAAUCUUAUUUUUCUCUGCUUAAACACAUUAAAAUAACAAAUAUACGGCAUAAAAACAAAUGGACUUCCAGUCCAUUUUCUCAGGCAAGUGCAAUGACACUUAUUAGCCUAAUAGUGGCACUAUGGAGCCACAUAACGUAUCUUAGACUCAGCAUUGAGGUGCUUUACUUUUUAUUUAUUUUUGUUAAUUUAGUUGUUCAGUUUAUUUUAAGACAUUUGAAUAAAUUAAAUCAAAGUACCAAAUAUAUUUAUGUAUGUAUUUUAUUUAAUUAUUUAUUUAAUUUGGCUAAUGCAUUUUUACCACUAGGGGGCGAGUACUUUAUAAAAUCUGUGUUGGGGAAGCUGCAAAAAACAGUAGUCUUUUAAUAAUUACCUCUUAUGUUUUAUAUAGCAAUGUGAUUACUAGUUGCUCUGAACAGUAACUAAUAACAUUAGAUAUUAUUUUAUUAAUAAUUAAUUCAGUUAAUAAUUUCUAAAAUUCUUAAACAGAUUAAUUUUACAUGGCCAGUUUGUCAAAUUCAGAUUGCAGUUCAGUGUGGCUGAGAUUAUUAUUAUUAUUUUAUUUUUAUUUUUUUCUGCCAGGGCAUAAAUUUGAAUUCCUUUGGAUUUGUAACAUGCAUAUUAGAGUACAAUGUAUUUCCCAUUUCACAAGAGAGACACUCUUUUCUGCCAUUCUCACACUUGGUUAGCAUGUCAAAAUAUAAGAAAGUGCUUUUUGAUCAAUAGUAUAUUUGUUGUUGGUCCUUAAAUAUUGUUGUUAAAUUAGCCUUAGUACAUUAAAUAUCAUAUAUGUAGCGCAAGUAACUUCAAAAUAGUAACUGUUACUGGAUUACUGGAAAAUAAAGAGUAAUCCCUUACUUUAUUUCAUCACAGAAACCUGUACUUUGUAGUUUUGUACUUUGUAAUGCAUUACCCCAACAUUGCAUAAAAUACAUGCAUUCAUAUCAAACUGGAAUAUGUAUAAACCAAUAUAUAUUUCCUUUCACAGUUUUCCUCGGCACGAAAGAAAAUGUAAAAAUGUUUUAACUGCCGCAAUAAUUAAAUCCUUUGAUGACAGAAUGUAAAAACUUCAUACCAAAAUCCGUAAAUCACAUCCUUCAUCCUAAACACCUAAAAUGUUUUGUAGAAUGAAUAUCAGAUUUGAGCUUCUUGCAGUGAAGUCAUUUGUUUUGAUGAAGUGCUGCAAAUGCCGUGAUUCAUUUUUACUACUAACAAUAUUUUAAGCUUGUCAUUGAACUUCAUUCUGUGCCAAACUCACCCUAAUAGAAGCAAUAUUCUCAUUUGCAGUGUACAUCUAAUGUUGGUGAACUUUAAAAGAUUUAAAGAAUGAUAAAACAUAACUUUACAAUGCAUGAACAUGUAAUGUAGGACACAGUGCAAUCAAAUUAAUUGUUUAAAUAAAAAUGCUUUAUGUGGUUUGUUUCA